AGCAGUCUGAAAGGAAGAGUGAGGAAUUCAGAUGGGAGAGAGGUGGCCCGUCAGAAUUUUCUGCCUGUUGUUCUAAGGAAGGGAAUGAGGAUGGAGAAUGCUGGCGAUGGGCAAACACUUCCCAGAUCUGCUGCCGGCUAACAAGGAGGAGGAAGGAGGUGCUGAGAGUUCAUUAAGGGCUUGAUCCAGUCUGGCUCUCAUGGAGCAGCUCCCAUACUGCUACGGGAAAUGCUGCUUAGCCAUUUCCAAGCAGGGAACAGAUCCUAAGGAGGCACAGACUAGGAUGGGAAGCCAUUUCAGGAGACAGCGCCUCAUGGCAGUGACACCAUCAGAACUUCUGAACUUUCUCCUGCCCACUCUCUGAAUGCUAUAAGGACUGACAAAUGCUGAUCUGGACCACUUUUUCCAGGUCCAGCACUUCACCCCUGUGCUGGUACGGCAGCCCCAAGUCUGAGCGUCUCUACUCACCUUACCUUUAACCAGGGGAACUGUGGAACUGGUCCCUGUGGAUACUGGUGAAGGAAGGCUCCAACCACUGUUUGCUAUGUAAAUAUCAGACAGAGAAGAAAAACAGCCAAAACCCUGCACCCCAAGCCCCCAGCACCUGAGCAACAUCUGGGCUGUAUGGCCUAAUGCAGGCGUCAUGGCUUGGAGAGCAGGGAGGGGAAGUUGAGGGGUAUUUCCUCUUUUCUCCUCCCCAGAGACUGAGAGCUAGUUUGUGCUUUAGACGAGUGACCUCCCCUUGUCCCCACCUCUUCCACCCCUGUGUCUGCCCCGGUGAUGGGAAGGGAGCCAGCUGGGCAUUCCAGUGCAGCUAAGCAAGAAAAAACAGUCUAUGAGCAGUUCCUGUGGCCUUUCUGUCCGUUUCAGGACAUCCUCCGCAGGGCUGUGUGCUUCUCUUGUUGCUCUUCUGAUUCCUUCACCCAGACUCUCCGCGCUCUGCCUCGCCAGGGGAUGGGGAGCCACGGGGGCGCAAAUUAACAGAUGGAAAGGAAUAUUUUUAUGUCCUGUGAUAAAAAGUGAAUAUUGUGCCCUAAGUCUGCCGGGGACCUCGUCAACCCGCUAGGAGUCUGCUAAAAUCCCAGAACAUGGCCUAGCAGCUUCACCUAACCUCUGGAGGGAGCUUGACCACAAAACACUGGAUUGUACUAAUAAUACUUAGCACCUGCCAUCAGAGGAUCUCAGAGCACUUUCUAAGGAACUGAAGGUAAUUGCCAGGUUGCAGAGAAGGAACUGAAGUUAUCAGCAUUGAGACUAACAUGGCUACCACUGAGUCCUUUCUGGGGAAAAGAGCAACAGAGAGUUGAACUGGUCUGGAGCUGCUGCUGCUGUUAAAGUCCGGCCCUGUUUCCUGCAAGAUAAAACAAGACACACACACAAGAGUGGAGAGAACAGAACAGCAAAGAGAGAAAAUGCAACGUCUGUCUCCGGAUGGGCUGUGUGAAAUCCAAGGAUGCCAGAGUGCAUGGCAAGGACUUCAAAGCUGAUUCUAGCCCUAAUUUCCUGCAGCCCCACUAUGUGAAAGACCCCACAUCCACUAACAAGAAAAGCAAUAACGCCUCCAGCACGACUCAGCCCCACACAGCGGAUGGCUCCGAUGACUACAUCGUCCUGGCCCUGUAUGACUAUGAAGCGAUACACAGUGACGACCUGAGCUUCCAAAAAGGAGACCAGCUGAAGGUCCUGGAGAAGUCAGGAGAGUGGUGGAGAGCAAAGGCGCUGACUGGGCAAGAAGGCUACAUCCCUAGUAACUAUGUUGCCCGGGUAAACUCCCUGGAGACAGAAGAGUGGUUUUUCAAAGGAGUCAGUCGGAAAGAUGCAGAGCGUCACCUCCUCUCUCCGGGGAAUAUGAUUGGGUCCUUCAUGAUCCGGGACAGCGAGACAACCCGAGGGAGCUACUCCUUGUCUGUGAGAGACUUUGAUCCCCAAAAUGGAGACACAGUGAAGCACUAUAAGAUCCGGACGUUGGACAGCGGUGGCUUCUACAUCUCCCCUCGGAACAGCUUUGUCACGCUCCAGGAUCUGGUCAGCCACUAUCAGAACCAAAGUGAUGGGUUGUGCCAGAAGCUCACUUUCCCCUGCGCUGCGCCAAAGCCACAGAAACCCUGGGAGAAAGAUGCCUGGGAAAUCCCCCGGGAAUCCCUGAAGCUGGAGAAGAAGCUGGGAGCUGGGCAAUUUGGAGAAGUCUGGAUGGCCACCUACAACAAACACACCAAAGUAGCGGUGAAGACCAUGAAGCCAGGGAGCAUGUCAGUGGAAGCUUUCCUGGCAGAAGCAAACCUAAUGAAGAGCCUGCAGCAUGACAAGCUGGUGAAGUUGCACGCGGUGGUGACCAAGGAAGAGCCUAUCUACAUCAUCACUGAAUUCAUGGAGAAAGGCAGUUUGCUGGAUUUCCUGAAAAGCGAUGAAGGCAACAAGCAGCCUCUCCCAAAGCUGAUUGAUUUCUCUGCCCAGAUUGCGGAAGGAAUGGCUUUCAUCGAGCAGAGAAACUACAUCCACAGGGACUUGAGAGCUGCCAAUAUCCUGGUGUCAGCCACCCUGGUGUGCAAGAUUGCAGAUUUUGGACUGGCCAGAAUCAUUGAGGAUAACGAGUACACGGCCCGGGAAGGUGCCAAGUUUCCCAUUAAAUGGACUUCACCAGAAGCCAUCAAUUUUGGAUCUUUCACCAUAAAAUCAGACGUCUGGUCCUUUGGAAUCCUCCUGAUGGAGAUAGUUACUUAUGGGCGGACCCCAUACCCAGGGAUGUCUAACCCAGAAGUGAUCCGUGCCCUGGAGCGUGGAUACCGAAUGCCGCGCACAGAAAACUGCCCAGAAGAGCUGUAUGAUAUAAUGAUGAGAUGCUGGAAGACCAAACCAGAAGAUCGUCCUACCUUUGAGUACACACAGAGUGUUCUGGAGGAUUUCUUUACUGCAACAGAGAGCCAGUACCAGCAUCAGCCUUAAUGUAGAAAAUCCAGUGACAACAAUGAAUAUCCAUAACUGUGCAUACUAUAGUACCUGUAAUAUACACACCCAGUCUGUUCUUCUCCUGUCCCAUCCCUCCCUUAGUAUUCCUUUAUACAUAUUGCCCACUUCCAUCAGCCUCUUCUUAGACACCAAAGACUUCCUGACACUGACUUGAUUGAAGUUGAGAGGCAGAAUGCAGUAGCAUUACAUUUCAGCCUCCUUGGGCUGUGAACUCCCUGGAUAAGCUAAACACUGUUAGGCCUUGUUUGUACUUAGGUGUGAGACUGCUAUGGAAAGUACAUUGCUGCAGAAAGUCUUCAGCAGGUGGCUCCAUUACCUUUAAAUCCAUAUAGAACUAUUGCCCUAGCAUAGUUCAAGAAGGGACUGUGAUGUAGAAGGUGCCAUCUUUCCAACAAGAGAGAAAACUGUGGGCUUGACUCUAUAAAGAUCCCAUGAUGCUUGUUUGCUUUAUGCAGAUAGGAUAACAGAGCAAAUUACAUUAUGAAUAACCACAUUCUGACUAAAAUCUCCCCAUGCAGUUUCAAAUGAAUAUAGUUUUCACUCCUCAUCACAGUCAUGUGUUGGAGUUGUGUACUGUUAAGCAGCUGCUGGAUUUCACCCUAGAAGUGGUCGCUUGUAAAGUGAUUUGUAAAAGGCUUUAGGAUCUCUGGAUGAAAGGUGCCAUGUAAAGCCUCUUUCAAACCCAUUUCUCUUUUGUGAUGGUUUCCUGCAUGGAUCUGAUCUGCAUCUUCUUGUGGGUGAACUAUUGGCAAGUGCAUUAACUAAACUAGAUAUUGAGCUCCUUGGAGCAGGAACCUCAUCUUUUUACAAGACACGUAAAGUGCCUUGCACGUAUAUGGUAGUUUGUAAAUAACAGACAUUGGCCUGAUUUCCCCUCCACCCCCCAGUUGCUCUGGCAUAACAACAGCAGAAUUUUGAUUUUUCAACUCUUUUCUUGAGCUGUUUCUGCAGGUUUUAUAGUAGCACCUUUGUGAUUGUCUGAGAAUUACAGGAGUGUUUCCUAAAAAACCUGUUAGGAACACCAUGCUCGGGACUGAUAUAUUCUCAAGCAUUUUACAAUGUAGAGUAGGUGGCACUGGAAAUCUGAAGAGAAAGUAGUUAACUUCAGUGAUUCCAUCCACUUUGUUUCUCUGGGCAGGGGAGGAUAGCACAAUUUGCAGUUUAAUAACUUGCAUUUCUAUGAAGGAACCCUGCAUUUCUUGCACACUUAUUUCAGGUUUUUUAGUAUUUAAAGAUAGAUUAUGCGGGGGGGGGGAGUGGGGGGGUGGCAGGAGUGAGGAUAAAGAUUUUUGACAUGUUUAAGUCUCUCUUUUUCCUAAUGAAUUUUUGAGAUAGUUAGGUGACUUUCCCCGUAACAGGAGAGAGACAGUGGAGGAUGUGCUUCUAUCUCAGCUUUGAUUUUCAGUCAAUAAUUAUUAAAACAUUUUGCAUUGUU